AUGAAUGAUGGAGCGUUUGUUGAUUUCUUCCUUAACACUGCUUCCCUUCCUGAUCAGAACAGCAUUGUGUCUGCGCUACAGAGCAUGACCAAGAAGAAAAUUGCAGUUCGGUUUGUUUCCAAAUUUCUCUCCACAGAUCUACAUCCACACAAUAGACGUAUUGUUGAAGUGUAUUUGAAUAUCAAUCAGCUUCAUGGCAAAUCCGAUGAUAUGAGUCGGGUAACGACUGCUGCCUCCCGUUAUGAACGGAUAAAAACCGUCGGAAAAGGAGCUUUUGGUUCUGCUGUGCUGUACAAGAAAAGAGAUGAUGGCUCUCUAGUGAUAGUCAAGGAAAUCAACAUGUACGAUCUAGAUAGUGUUCAACGACAGUCAGCCCUAAAUGAAGUUAAUUUGCUCUCUCGGAUAGAUCAUCCGAACAUCAUAUCAUAUUAUGAUUCGUUCGAAGAAGACGGGAUCUUGAUGAUUGAAAUGGAGUAUGCAGAUGGCGGAACUCUAGCUCAAUACUUAGCAAAGAGUCAGACGUUUUUAAGCGAAGAAAUAAUCACUGACUUAAUGGUUCAAAUGUUAUCAGCUGUUUCCUAUUUACAUGACAACAGCGUUUUACAUAGAGAUUUAAAAACAGCCAAUAUAUUCCUGACGGCUGACGGUUUUGUUAAAGUCGGAGAUUUCGGAAUUAGCAAGAUAAUGGGAACCGAUACGAUCGCCCAAGGUGCAAAAACAGUUGUCGGGACCCCUUAUUACAUUAGUCCUGAAAUGUGUUGUGGAGAACCUUACAACCAGAAAAGCGACAUGUGGGCAUUAGGCUGUAUUUUAUAUGAAAUGACAUGUUUACAAAAAGCAUUUGAAGGAGAUAAUCUGCCUGUACUCGUAAAUAAGAUCAUGAACUGCAUGUAUGAGCCCAUUCGAGGACCUUACUCGUCCCAAAUAAAGCUGUUGGUGCGAGAACUGUUACUUAGAGUUCCAGAGAAACGUCCUACAGCCUCAGAAGCUUUGACGAUGCUCAGGCCUUCAGUGAACGUUCAACGUCCUAGAUCUUUUAGACCAGUUUCAACUUUCAUAUCAACCGUAUACACAUUUUCUGCUUCUACGAUAAGUCUUCAUCCUGUCCAAAAUUUUCCUGAAAAAGUUUCAGUUCGACAAAUUUCUGUUAGUGAAACUCAUCAAUUAAUUUUAACGUAUAGUAACGAGGUUUAUGCUUGGGGACAAAACAGUAAGGGACAAUUGGGAAUGGGUGAUCGAGUAGAUAGAAAAACUCCCUUCCUCGUACCAACUUUGCGUGGGAGAGAUGUUCAUUCGGUAUCAGCUGGAAACGGGUUCAGCUUAUUUUCGUGUGAUCGAGGAGCUGUUUUAGCCUGUGGUUGUAAACGUUUCACAGGUUUGGGUAAAGGUUCAGAUGACGUUCUACGACCAUCUUUAGUAAAUGCGCUGUUACGUGUAAACGUGGUUGAGUUGACAUGUUCCUACGAACAUUGUAUAGCACUGACAGAAGAGAAUGAAUGCUUCGUUUGGGGCAGUGGGGAAUGCGGCAAACUAGGAACAGGAGAUUCGCAACAUGUGUAUGACCCCACGAAGAUAACAGUUCCAACAUCUGUUGGGCGUGUCAUUACAGCUCGCUGUGGCAUAGACGCCACUGUUUUGUUGACGGAAACGGGGCAUCUCAUUGCAAUGGGAAGUAACAAGUAUAAUAAACUGAAUCUGGCUUGUCGGACAGGUUUCUUUUCCAAAGAAGAAAAAGUCAAUGUUGAAUGUUUUUCUCUUCCGACAGUGAUGAAGACUUUCCCUGCAAGAGCCAUUGAUGUGGAUGUUGGCAGAAACAAUUUGGCAGUCAUCCUAGAGUCAGGACAAGUCUUUUUCUUUGGUUGCAAUUCUCAUGGUGAACUAGGAUUGGCUCAUACAGAUGUCGUUCCGCUUUGCCAUAUGCGACCUGUGAAAUCUUUGUUGUCCAAGCCUUGCUCAAUGGCUUAUUGUGGCGAUGGAUAUAGCUUGGUUGGUACCACAGAAAGUGAGUUGUAUUUCUGGGGCUCUAAGGGUAUCGUGCGGUCCUCAAUCGCUACGCUGCAGAACUUGGAUGAUACUAAAGAUGUAGCGGUUGUUCAGAGAGUGGCGAACGAAGAGAAAGCAGUGUCUCGUUGGGGGGUGAAAAGGAAAGAGAAGUUACCUGCUGUAGAACAUAUUGUGCCAUUACCUGCUUUAAUCUUGAGGUUAGACAGUGACCUAUCAGAGUACAAAAUUCGUUUAUCAAUGAUAAACGGCAGAGGAGAGAAUGUGUUCGUGGUGAUCGAUUCAUCCAAUAGUAAAAGUAUUAUAAAUACAAGUGAAAAUUCUCCAAAUGAUAAUGACUCGACUAUUGUCAACACUUGGCUGAAGAAUGAAUUCGAAAAUGCAGAAAUUAUUCCGAUGAGUGCUCAGAAGAGGAAGGCUGGAAAAGGACGAAACUCGUCCGUUGCGAGUGAUGAUAUAAAGAUACAGAUGAGUGAGUCUGCUUUGAUGAAAGAAAUAGAGAGCCUUAAAUCCGCUAUCAGCCAGCAAUCAUCCACAUUUCAAGGACAACAAGAUCAGAUGACAGCUCUUCAGGAAAAGUUACUAGAGCUUCAAGCCCGCCAAGCAUAUCUGCGGAACCAUGAGCCUCCCCCAGCCUACGCCAAAAAAACUAUUCUCUUCCCGGAGAACGGAAGUAAAACAUGUUCCAUUUUGUGA